AUGAAAACGCUCCAUGUAGACGCAGCUGGAACCAAGAGUGAGGUUGUGGAUCGCCAGAGAACUUCAGGGCUGCAGAGACUUCAUGCUUUUAAAAAGAAGCUGAAGAGGGACAGAGAGGACUCUUUUGAGUACCUGGGUGUUCACCUAGACCAUAAACUGGACUGGACUCACACCACGGACCACUGUACCAGAAGGGUAGACCAUGGUGCUCCCAGCUUCCCCCUGAGGGGCUGGGUGGAUUCUCACAGCACCACAGCCCCUGUCCAGGGAUCAGAGAUCCAGUCCUCAGAACCCGGGCCUGCACACCUGGCUGAAACUCAUCUGGCUGACAUGGAGCUUUCUGCCUCCGGAGGCUCCGGGUUCCUCAUCGACUCCUUGCUCUCACUCAGGCCGCCCAGAGCGCUCCUCUGCUGGGGAAACUCUCCGGAGAUCAGCCCUGGCAGCAGCAGCAGCUGCUCGGCGCCUCCUUGCCCGCGGAGAGUACCUGUUCCUCGGCUUGAGUGUCUGCUGCCACCCGGUCCGAUGCAGCCGCGCGCCGUCUCCUCCUCCUUCCUGAUCCGGGAUAUUCUGGCGGACUGCUGGCCCGGUUGUGACCCGAGACAGCCCGAACUACGAGCCGAACCUUUCCGACCCGGACCGGAUGAAAAGCGUCAGGACAAGAGGAGCGAUAGCAGAGGUAAACCAGCGGCCGGCCGCCUCAAGAAGCCUCGUAAGGCUCGUACGGCAUUCAGCGACCAGCAGCUGGUGCGACUGGAGAGAAGCUUCCAGGAGCAAAAGUAUCUGAGUGUCCAGGACCGCAGGGAGCUGGCAGCCUCCCUACAGCUCAGCGACACCCAGGUCAAGACCUGGUACCAGAACCGCAGGACGAAGUGGAAGCAUCAGUCUGCUGCAGGUUUGGAGCUCCUGGCUGCAGCCGGCAGGAUAUUCCUACCCACACACUUCCUGUGUCCUCCUUCCCCGCCCACAGUGGACCCCUACCUGUACAGAGGCCAUGCCCUCCAUAACCCCCCAGCAGCCCUGCCUCUACUGACACGUGUUCUCACCCGCAUGGACCCCCACUGACAUGGCUGCACUGGGAGUACUGGGAGUAAAGCACCAGUUUGGACGUUUCUUGAACUUUUUUGGGACUGUUUUAAAAAAGAAAUCCUGGAACUGAGGUGAGUUUGAUUCCAGGCUCAC